AUGCGACCCAGACGACGGCGGAUCAAGUGCGACGAGGGGCACCCGUGCCAGUCGUGUCUGACCUCCAACUCGGCGUGCACGUUCGAGGAGCCCGGGAAGCGCACUCAUCCCCAUAAGUCGAAGCGCGCCGCGACGCUCGAAGACCGCAUGCAACAUCUCGAAACCCUCAUACAAGCCAUCCCGCCCCAGGUCUUCGCAGGGGCGGGUGCCCUCGGCGCUGGCAUGCCGCAGUCACCCGUCGACCCAAGCACGAACCCGCACGCCUCGUUCGCGUCGUCGACACACAUUUUCCCAACAUCACUACCCCCGCCCUCGCUCACCGCCUACCCGCUCACGAACCCGUCGACGUUCUUCGGGCCCGUCCGGCAGGGCUCUCGGAACGCCAGCCCCGCCUCAAAUGGCUUCCACAGCGUGCCCCAAUCGAACGCGACGGACCAGCUUGCGGACGAGACGGCGCGGAUGUCGCUUGCGUCGUCGUAUCUCUACUUCGACGACGAAGGGUACACGCGCUGGCAGGGCGAGACCUCUGGACUGCCGAUCCUUGACCUACUCGUCGAGCGGCACACGGUCGCCCCGAAGCCGGACCCCGACCACAUGCCGAUGCCGCAGCAGCAGGGGCAGGGCCAAUGGAAGGCACAAAAUGGGGGCAGUUUGCAAGACUGGUUCCCCGAUCGCCAGCCGCGGCGAACUGAGGCGAACCCGGAGCACAUCUGGAAGCUGAUCACGUCUUUUAUUGUCCCGGAACUCAUGGACAGCCUUGUGCAAUGCUAUCUAUCGACGUCAUACUACCUUCUGCCCUUCCUCCACGUUCCGACUUUCCUUGCGGAUUAUGGGAACCCGCGAAAAUGGGGCGAGCCAGGCUUCGCCGCGUUUAUCGUCGCCAUCUGCUGCCUCUCCUCGCGCCACAUCGACGACCCGCGCGUGCGGGCAGACCCGAACGAUAGCAACAGCGCCGGGACGCAGUGGUUCGACCUUCUCACACGGCUCCGGACGCUUCCCGGCGCGGACAAGCCGACGCUCUACACGAUCCAGUCGGUGCUCAUCGCGGGUGUGUACGCGGUCGGGCUCGGGCGACUUUCGAAGGCGUUCGCGCUCCUCGCGGAGGCGGUCACGCUCUCGAUGGACGCCGGCCUGCACCGCUCCGCGGACGACUACGAUCUCUUCGACCCGGUCGAGGACGAGGUCCGGAAGCGCACUUUCUGGUGUGUCUACCUCUGGGACAAGCAGGCGUGCGCGCACUUCGGACGCCCGCCGGUGUUGCGCCUGCGCGAUUGCGACGUGGGCGAGCUCACAGUCGUCGACGACGAGUUCGUGUCCCGCGACGGGGUCGGUGUGCAGCCGCCGGAGACGGAGUCACGGAUGGCCGCGUUCGUCGCGUGCGUCCGGCUCUUCGUCGUCCUGGAGUCUGUGCUCGACGUGCCACCGUCCCGCUCCGCCGCGGACACCUCGCCGUUCCUCGCGCGCGCAACCGCGGUGCUGGGGGACGGCCGUCGUCGAGGCCGCGAGCUUCGCGAUGAGGAGGCGUUGCUGGACGAGAUCUGCCGCGCCGUGCCCGCGCACUGGGCGCACUCGGUGGAGACGAUGACGAGCGGGGAUGUGAUCAGGGUGACGCAGGCGGAGCGGCUGCACUGCGUCGAGCACUACAUCCGGAUGCUCAUCAACCGCCACCGGUUCUCGGAGCUCGUCGCGGAGCGGAUGCAGAACCACGUACCGGACGGGGAGCAGGGCGAGACGGAAGUGGAGGCGAUGCGCGCCGCGCACGCGUCCGCGCUGCAGAUAAUCUCCUCACACCUCCAGAUCGCUGCGAAGGGGCUGAUGACAUACUACGGCGUUCACGUCAUCCACCAGCUCACCGCGGCCGGCCGGACGCUGGUCGCGAUGCUGCUCAACUGCCACUCGGAUACGCUACGACCGCUCAUCCCACCCGCGCUGGAAGCGCUUAGGUCAUGUGUCGGCCUCCUGCGGCGUUUUAGCGGCCGGUACAUAUGCGGGCAGCGUUCGGGCGACCUGAUGGAGGAGUUCUGCAGGAUUACGCAGAUCCCGUUGGAAACGAUGCCGCGCCAGCCGCAGGACGGGACAGCGCCAACGAACCGUCCGCCAUGGGUGCGCCCCGUCCGGAAGAAGACGAGCUCGACGGCGCGCUCACCCGCCGGCUCCGGCGACUCGCCGCUCGGGCACGGCAGCCCCGACGACCUCGCGCAGCAGGCGUCCACGCCCACCCCCGCCAGCGCGUUCGCGGACCCUCUGGGGAGCCCCGGUGCGCAGGCGCAGGCGUUCGCGCAGACGUUCGGGGGCGGGCCCGCCUUCCCGCUCGACUCCGCGCUCGGGCUCGCGAUGGGCUUGGGCGCGGGCGCGGGCGUCGGUGUCGGCGGCGGGCAGGUUGGGGGCGGGCAGGACCCGGCGGGGGCGAUGUUCGCGGCGGACCUGAUGGCGUUCUUGAACGCGGACCCGUCGGGGCUCGACAUGGGCGCCCUCCUGGCCUCCCCGGACGGACGGGUCGGGCCUGGGAUGGAGCACCCUGGAGGGUUUUACCACCUCGGGGGGACGCCUGCGGGUAAUGGGGGGCCGUUGUCGCCAUAG